CUCACAUUCGCUGCUGUCUGCACCUACAUUGCAGUAUUACACUUCUGCCAUCUGUGGCACUCAUCUACUGCAGCUGCGGCAGGUUCCAGCUGUUAAACAGUCUCCAGCACCAUUAACACCAUCUCCAAAUAGUCUUCAGCACCAGUAACACCAUCUCCAAAAGUCUUCAGCACCAUUAUCACCAUCUAUAUAGGAACAACAAUGGUGAGGGUGAUGGUAGCAGUGAUAGUGGUGAUCCUGGUGGUGAUGUGUCUGCUCCACACUGUCUCUUCACAAUCACCAUAUAAUUCCACAUACCGCGAUCCAAAACUUCUGGUGACGGUGACUGCUAGUUCCUGUGAGGUGCUGGGGCAGACUGGUUCAUGCCUCCCAUACUUCUCCUGCAGGAAAAUGGGUGGCACUGUCAAGGGCAACUGCUUGUUUACCUUUGGCAUUGGUGAUUGUUGUGUCUUUGAGAAGACAUGUGGUGGAACCUCCUCGGCCAGAACGUCAUAUUUUACCAGUAGCAGCACCACAGCCACUAACGUAGGAAGCUGCUCCCUCUCCAUCAGCAAAAGCAAUAAUGUCUGCCAGCUACGGUUGGAAAUGAAGAAAGCUGAGCUGAGUGAGCCAGAUGCAGAAGGUGCAUGUAAUGACCAGUACCUGGAGAUCCAAGGUACCACCGGCUCUCACCCCAGGAUCUGUGGCCUCAACACUGGCCAGCACUAUUACGUGGAUGUGAGUAGGGAUGCUGGACCCUUCCUUGUUACAGUGGAGACCAUCGUAGCCAACUCAGCAUCUUCCUGGAACAUCCAAGUGCAGCAGAUCUCCUGUGGUUCCACUGACCUGGCACCAACAGGAUGCACUCAGUACUACAAGAGUCCCAGUGGUCAAGUUAAGAGCUUCAACUAUCACACACUCGCUUCCUCUCGAACACAUCCUAGUACUGGGUUAACCGGUACACGCCACCUGCAGGAGACAUACAGGAUAUGUGUUCGUCAACAGUCCGGCUACUGCAAUGUCAAGUGGACUGCUGCUCAGGGCGAGGAUUAUGCUUUUACUCUCACUGACAACCUUAAUCCUGACAAUCAAAUUCCCGGAUUCCCUAUGUUCAACAGUGCUGUAAAUGAAGACUGUAUGUUUACAGACUACCUUAUUAUCGCUGAAGGUACUACAUCAGGCACUGACUCCGUCAACAUCAUCUGUGGCUCUAAGUUCCCGGAUCCUUAUGUCAGAAGCAAGAACUUCGAGGUGACAGUAAUUACAAAUAAAGUUGAACUUACUGAUGACGACAUAGACAAUCGAGGAUUUCAUCUCAACUAUGUGCUGGAACCAUGCUAAGUUAUGCAGAGGAUAAUGUCUUGGUACUCAAGUGAUGCUGCCAGUGAUCAUGGGUGCCAGGAUGCCAGCAAAAGAUCCGAGUGUGUUGGUAAAGCCCAAUAGUGUUCCAGCAAAGUUAGGAGCAAGCUCUUGGUGUGAACAAAGGAAUCCACAGUUGGCACUCCCACUGA